CCCCCUUCCAGCCGGUUUCCAGUCAGCCGCGCGCGGAUUGAGUCAAGUGAACCUACCGAGAGGUGGUGUUGACCGACCGCAGCAGGUUUUCAGUAAGAAACCUGAACAAUCAAACUUCUUUAGGUAACUGACAGUAACGCCAAGACCGUCAUUUUUUUUAACGGAAGGGUCAGCGGUGCCGCAGUCAAGGCGACAGAGAGAAGAAAGUAAACCCCGGAGGGAAAGCGCCCGAAGUGAGUUUGAGGAUCACAGCUAAUGCUAAGUCAGCCGGCCAUUGCUUAAAAAUACACGGAAACUCGUGUCAUUUCACGAGUCGCUUGCUUUGACAUAACCGCUGUGGUUACAGAGUAGGUAGUUGGGGUAGAUUGUUAAGUUAUAUGUUACAUUUAAUUUAAAUAGGGAGGUGUUUUGCCUUUACAUUUUAGGCCACGAGCGAGUCACUUAGCAAGAGUAGCGUUAGCUCAGCAGCCGGUCUUGUUGAGGUUACACCGGUCUUCGGGACAGGUGAUAUCUCUAAAGAUAGUUAGCUUUUAAAGCAACUUCACAUCGUGAGGUAUUCGUGUUUGGAAGUUAGCUUAAUCUUACAACUGGUAGUGUCAACGCCUUUUGCUUCGAGAUGCUGAAACAACAGCAGCAACCCGGCUCAGGGGGGAGAAAGGCGUCCAACGGAACCUCGGGCCCCGCCAGUAUGUCCCCUCCAGUCAGCGGCAUCAACAGUGGCAACAGGACACCGGCCGGGAGGAAUCGAACAUCUGCAAAGCCGUCAUUCCAGUCAUCUCCUGUGUUCGAGGGUGUGUACAACAAUGCCAGAAUGCUUCACUUCCUCACAGCUGUUGUCGGUUCCACCUGUGACAUAAGAGUGAAGAAUGGCAGCGUAUUCGAAGGCGUAUUCAAGACUCUCAGUUCUCGGUGUGAGUUGGCGGUGGACGCAGUACACAAACGCAGUGAGGAGGAGUGCUCAACAUCACUUCUGCCACGGAGGGAGGACAUCACUGACACAAUGAUCUUCAGCCCCUCAGACCUUGUGACUAUGAUCUGCAAAGACGUUGACCUCAACUAUGCUACCAGAGACACCUUCACAGAUACAGCCAUUAGCUCCACUCGCGUCAAUGGAGAACACAAGGAGAAGGUUUUGCAGAGAUGGGAGGGAGGAGACAGCAAUGGAGAGAGUUACGAUCUGGAAAAUGAUGCAGCCAAUGGCUGGGAUGCCAAUGAGAUGUUCCGUUUCAAUGAAGUGAAAUAUGGAGUCACGUCAACAUAUGAUUCCAGCCUUUCUAUGUAUACUGUGCCACUGGAGAAGGGCACCUCUGACACGUUUCGUCAGAGGGAGGCACGUGCCGCUCGCCUGGCCAGUGAGAUUGAGUCCAGCCCCCAGUAUCGCCAUCGUGUCGGCCUGGAAAAUGAUGAGGGCAAAAGUGAGGAGGACAAAUACAGUGCUGUGGUGCGGGAUGGCAACGAUCGUGAGAGGGGCCGUGAAAGCCCUCGUGAGAGAGAGCGCGAAAGGGGCAGAGAUAGCCCUGGAGCCAGCACCAGGGAGGGCAAGUACAUUCCACUACCUCAACGACAGAGAGAGAUGAACCGGGAUCGGGAACGAGUUGAGAGAGGACCUGGUGGACCUCCACCCCACAACCGUCUGAGCGGAAGUUAUCGGUCCAACCCUCCAUCCUCCUCCCCCAGACCCCCACUGGCCUCUGCUGCCGGUCCUCAGUCUGGCAUCUCCCCCUCAGAGAGAAACAGCCCUCUUUCAGGCCGAGGUGGAGCCUACGCUCCCCACCACCCCCAGGGAAGCCCAAGCCCAGGCCCGAACCCUGGCCCUGCGAGCUCGUACACACCUGCCUCUCAAGGAGGACCAGCACCCACGCCAGUCUCUGCUGCUUCAUCUCCAGCCAGCCCCCCUGCCCCACACGGACAUGCAGUCCCUCAUUCCCACUCACUCCCACACACGCUGGCUGACGCUGGCAGGCCUGUUAAUGGAGUCUCUUCCAGAACAUCUCCCAAAGCUCAAAGACCUCCACAGUCGAGCAGAACAGUCCGUACUUCAAACUCACAUGCUCAGUCUACAGCUCGUUCUCCUAAAUCAGGUUCUUCCCAGGACACGCCUUAUUUAGACACAUCGUCUGUCUCUAUGCCUCCCCAUAAGACGUCUGGUCCCGCCCCUCUUUUCCCUGUCGACGUGAAUGAGAUCCUUGGCGCAAAGGAGCGCGCAGCUGAGAACCUCAGCAGCACAGAGGACGGCAAGAAUAGUAAAGCGCCUUCUGUUCAGCAAAGGUCGCAGAUUGAGGAGCUGCGUAAAUUUGGCAAGGAAUUCAGGCUCCAGCCGAGUGGAGGCAGCUCUAGCUCGCCCAGCUCCCCAGCAACAGCAACUCCACCUACCGUCGGGGACGUUGCCCAAUCCAGUGCAGCCCAACCCUCGCCAUCAGACACUCACCCUGCUUCAGAGCCCAAAGCUCAGGCUUCAGCUCCCGGUACUUUCCAGCACCAGCCUCAGCCUUCACCAGCCCCUGCUGAGGACGCCACCAAAGACACCACAACUACACUUGGUGCUACAAGCUCCAGCACAGCACCCAUUUCAGACAGGCAUUCACCAGCCACCCCGCAGCCAGCCAGGACCCCAGGAAGCGAGGAGGCAACCGAGCAGACAGAGGCUGUGCCAGAGCAAGUAAAGAAAUCAACCUUAAACCCCAACGCUAAAGAGUUCAACCCUAAUAAACCUCCCAUGACUAUGUCAAAGCCCAACACUGCGCCCACCCCUCCUCGGCCAACGCCUCCAAGCCCAGUGGUGCUUCAACACCCUGGCGGACAGGGACCGCUGUACAAUGCCCCCUACCUCUCCUAUGUAUCACAGAUCCACUCUGUGCAGCCCCCACCAAUGUACCAGUACACCAUGUCUGCAGUCAGCCAGGGAAAAUACCCCAGGAACAAAGGCUCAGUAGUGGCACAGCGUUCUGACCAUGGUUCUUCAGCACCGCCGAUGCUGCAAGCUGCAGCAUCAGCAGCUGGGGCCCCGCUGGUAGCGUCACCCUACCCUCAGUCCUACCUUCAGUACAACCCACAGCAGUACAGCCAGCAGCAGGUUAUCCAGGCCAUGACACCCUACCCUGGACAGCCGAUGUACUCCAUGCUGCAAGGUGGAGCUAGGAUGAUAGGUCAAGGUGGGGGUCCCCACCCACAGGCCUUGGGACCCCCAGGAGGCCCCCAGUUCUCUGCACAGGGAGACGGAUCUCAGGGACCACAGCAGGGCAUCUACGCUCAACAGUCCUUCUCCCACCACUCGGGUGCAGUUCAUCAUCCCCAGCCCUCCAGUACCCCAACAGGCAACCAGCCCCCUCCCCAGCAUGCUGCACCUAGCCCUGGACAGAAUGCCCAGUCAGGCCCACAGCCCCAGUCCUUGUACCACUCAGGUCCCCUGUCAGCACCCACCCCACCCAACAUGCCGCCGGGCCACACCUCUCCACAAGGCUCUUACCCCAUUCAGGGCUACAGCAUCCACAGCCACCAGGGUAUCCAACAAACAUAUCCCCUUGGACAGAUAACACAGGCCCAUGUACAGGGAGCCAUGUCUGGUCCCCACCACUCUGGGAGCCACGGUCAGCCCCAGUUAGUGAUGUUGCAGCCACCACCUCAGCAGGGCCCUGGCUCAGUGCCCCAGCAUCCCCAGCAUGGACCACAGCAAGGAGCACACCAACACUUUUACAUAGGACAUCCACAAGCAAUGCAGGUACAAACGCACCCUGCUCCCUUCCAUCAGCCUGGAAACUAAACCCCAUCUACCCUCCUCCCCACCUCCCAAACUGUUCUUAGGAAUGAGCCCCAACAUCCCCACUGCCUGCUGGAUGUUGGCCCAGACUGAACGCGACUCGUGAAAAACAAACUGAAAGGAUCGCACGGAGGAGAAAGAGGACAAAGUCUCACAGCACCUUAUUCUUCUGCUGCAACAUUCAUCAGUAAAAAAACGUCUGUCGCUGAGGAGGACCUUUUUAAUGACGAUGGCAUGUCCGACCCCUGCUGCCAUCCAGUUCUUCUCUCCAACUUCUUCCCAUUUCAGAGACAUGAGGCACCUUGCUGGGCAGACUAGUUGGAGAGAAAAACAUGCGGGUAAAAAAACAGCAGCAGACACCAUCUUCCAGCAGUGUUUUUAGCCUUUUGGGGUUUUGUAAGUACCAUGACACAAAUGGGAAACACAGACUGCUGUGGGAUUCUCACGAAUACAGCAUGAAAGGACAGAUUUGAAGAGAAGGGAUUUUUAACAAAUCAUUUUUCCUUUCUUUUUUUUAAAAACUCGAUCCAGUAGUUAAAACCACCCUUUUGCUUCUUCUCUCCUCUAGGAAAAUAUAAUUAAUAAAAAAAAUGGACAAGACAAAAAAAAAUAUUAAAACAACAAUGGCCAAAAAAAUAAAGUUUUCA